AUGCUUGCUCAUUCACCAAAAGAUCGUUCUCGAUCACCUCAUCGGAAUAAUAAUAAUAAUAAUAAUGAAACGACUGUUAAUCAAACAAAUUCGUCGGGUCAACAUUUAUCAUCAACAUUGAAAUCUUCAAAUCAAAAUGAUACAUCUUCUCAAAUCGAUACGAGCAAUAAGGAUGCUAAUAUUUCUAAUAAUAAUAAAAGUAAAAAGGAAAAUGAAUCUCAAUUACGUAUGAAAAGUCUCAAAUCAUUUAUUCAAGCAUUAAUUAAUGAUUCAUCAUCAUCAUUAGGCGCGACAUUUGAUGAACAAGUCAAAGCACUUGAAAAUGCUUGUAUGAAAGAAUUUCAUGAUUUAUCGUCGGAUCGUAUUCGUCGAAUGAUUCGAAAUAUUUUCAAAGUACGCAAAUCUCAACAACCGUCACAUUCAACAAAUUCUUUUCUACAUCAAGAUCAUUCAAAUGUUUUACCUACGACAACUACCGAUCGUUUUAAUCCGACUGAAAAUAAUUCGAAGAAAAAUAGAUCAAACCCAACUUCAAAUAGCACGACACCAAAAACUUCUGACUUGGUAACGCCAUCAGCAUCGACAUUAUCAGCGCUUGAUGCCGAUUUUCUUCGUCAUGCAUUUUCUCAACAAUUUCGCCCAUCACUUGAUCUAUCGACUUAUUUUUCUGCAGCCACUGUAGCUGCAGCGUCGAACGGUACUGGUUCGUCAUCAUCUCUUUUCCGUCCGAAUUUUUCUCCAUCGAAUUUUCUUCAAUCACUUACUGCUCCACCUCCGCCUCUUCCAACAACACUCGUAUCAUCUCAUACACAUACUAAUGGAACAACUGAUUCAUCAGCGACAAACGCCAAUAAAUUGCCGAAACAAAUAAAAUUAUCUAAUAGUGAAAUGAGUUCAAUUAAAGUUCUUGCCAAUGCUUAUCGAGAAGCCGCUUCUUAUCUAACUCGAUCAGCUGAUGAACUUGAACAAUUAAUAUAA